AUGUGCACAGUGCUGGUGGUAGAGGGCAAGCCACUGCCCACAUCGCCACCUCCAUACGAUGUCAAGGUCGACUCCGAUGAGCCCGACGGUGCAGAACCCAUGGUCAUGGGAGCGUCGAAGCGCAAGCCGCCGAAGAAGACCAAGAUGCGCAAUGCUGCAGCAUCCAGCUCCAAGGUCAAGGGUGGUGAGGAGGUCGAGGCGAUGAAGCAGAAGGCGACCGUCACGCCCUAUGAAGCUAACGCUGAAGGCGAGGCCUCGGUGGAGAAAUCGUCGAAGUCCAAGCGCGCCACCAAGUCCGCCACCGCCACUGGAGCUGUGGCUCUGUCCAACUCUGGUGAGGUCGCCAACUCUGGCGAGGUCUCCAAGUCUGGCGCACCUGCCAAGUCUGGUGCGGUCGCCAAACCUGGCGAAGGUAAGAAAUCAGGACCCAAGGCAAAGCCGGUGAGGAGCCAAAACUCAGGUGCACAAGAUGGUGGCGAGGUCACCAGGACCUCAGUACGUGAGCCGGAUGAGGUCCCCCAGUGGCGGGGGGCAGACGACAAGGGUGGCGAUGGGAGGUAG